AUCCCUCUUGCACCACUGUACUGAAUUACAGACGACGAGAUCCCCACCGCUGUCCGAUACAAUCCCUAUCACCGCGCUGCUUGCCAGCCGCUUGCGUUGUUCAUAAAGCUGUCUUCCUGCGAUUGUCCUCCGCUCAUCUAUCCCGACAAUGUCUGUAGCCCGAGCCCACUCCAUCGACGGUUCUGGCGAGUAUGCGGACCAGCUCGGAACAGAGAGGGAGCUCCCUUCUCUGCCCGCCGUAGACACGAGUAAGGAAGCCUGGGCCUAUGUCGCAGCGUCUUUUGUCAUGGAAAUGCUCCUCUGGGGACCCAUCUUUGCUUCAGCCGUGUAUCUGAAGCAUUAUGCAGCACUCCCGCAAUUUGCUUCUUCAUCCGAGACUCAGAUUUCUUUCGUCGGAACGCUGCCCAUACUCAUUGGCUAUUCACUCGGUCUUCCUUUGCUCUAUUUCUACAAUCAUUUCCCCCGGGCCAUGAAGCCGUCAAUCUGGGUCGGUCUAGCACUCUACACGGUAUCGAUGCUGGCUGCCAGCUUUGUCUCAAACAUGAAGCUCUUGAUUCUCUUCCAGGGGGUCGGACCAGGUGUCGCUGCUGCUUUGGUAGCUUUCCCCAUAAUUAGAUGGCUUCCCGAAUGGUUUGACCUGCGUAAAGGGACUGCGGGGGGUAUUGUUUUCGCUGGGGGUGGUGUGGGCGGUGUUUAUAUGCCGUUUCUGGAGGAGGGUCUCAUCAAUCACUUGGGUUACAAUUGGUCUCUGCGAAUCACCGCUAUACUGACCGCUGUCCUUGGUGGUAUCGCCAUAUUCUUUGUUAACCCGCGAGUUCCCAUAUCCCCCAGAGCGCACAUUGUUCGCAUGCCUAUGCCGCCAUUCUUUGACACUUUCAUGCGAUGGGGUUUCUUUGGUACCUUUUUCUGUUGUCUUCUGCAAGGUUUUGGUUAUUUCAACGUUGGACUUUUCUUGCCGAGAUUCUCAGACUCUCUUGGCGGCGCUGCGGGUACAGGUCUGUUGGCGGCUUUCAACGUCAGUUGUAUUGGAGCCCAGCUGAUUUGGGGACAGAUCACAGACAAAAUGAGACCUGCCCAGGCGAUGGCGAUCAGCUCUGUGUUGGGCACGAUCUUGACCCUGACGUUCUGGGGAAUCGGUGGCAGUAAGGGUAUCUCUCUGCUGGCCCCUUUUGCGAUUCUCUUUGGCCUGGCGACCGGUGGCUUCCCUUCCAUGUGGUUCCAAGGUGCACACGACAUUGCUGGGCCUGAUCAGGGGCGACAGAGUCUAUUGUCUGUCGGUUGGUAUGUGGCAAGAGGUGUAGGCGGCAUCGUCGGUCCCUCAGUUGGCUCAGCCCUCUACAGGCUCCCGACAUCGCCGUCAAACAGAUGGGGCUCGGCAGGUUCUCCAGAACUGGUCGGUCUUGUUGCUGCCAGUCUAGCGGCAAGCGCGAUCGUCGUGUUGCUAUUCAGGUAUGCGAGUGAUGUGAGCAAAUACAUCUCCAAACUUGUGGGGAAGGGUAAGGAGGGGGUAAGUGGGGAGGGCCAUGGGAUGGAGAUGGGGGUGGUGACAAGAUAGGGGUUGUUGUAACGGAGAGAAGUAGGUGUCAUACAUACUCUCCGAGCUUCCCCGCUAUCAAAAUUCAUGUACAGUUAUCGUAUGUCUGAUCUUGCGGAAACAGUGCCUUGUUGAUACCAUCUUGAUUGGUCAAAUACAGAUAAGAAGAUAGCCCUCUAUGACGUCCUGUGGGUUUAGCAAAGGGCAGUUUGCCGGGAUACCUAGCUAUCAGUACACUGUAAUGAGAGUCAGUGCAGGUCGCAGGCCAAGGGCUUCGAGUUCGAUACAGAGAAUACAGAGAGGUAUUCACUAUCGGGAAAACUUUGGGGCAGACCAUCUCGGGGUUGACCGAAAGGAAGAUCUUAUCAGCCUGCGAAAUCUCGUGACCCUGCGGGAGGUAGUCACUCUCGUCUACACUUCUCCUCUUCGUUGCUCAACGAUGGCCACAUGGCUUACCUCGGACCCCCUUUCGUGACUAUCCUUACUACAUGUAACAGUCGUAUCAGCCGAAUUUUCUUGGUGACGACAGCAUAAUCUCA